CCGGGGCAGAGGCACCGCCGGGCUCCACCACAGCCAUGGGGCCGAGUCCCGCUCCUGUCCUCGUCCUCGCUCUGCUGCUGCUGCUGGGGGCCACGGUGAACGGGCAGCCCCGGGGACGGAUCCUGGGGGGCUACGAGGCCGAGCCCCACUUGAGGCCGUACAUGGCCUCACUGCAGCUGGACGGGCAGCAUGUCUGCGGGGGCUUCCUCAUUGCCGAGCAGUGGGUGCUGAGCGCCGCGCACUGCACCGAGGAGACGGACGGCAAAAUCUUCCAGGUCCUCCUGGGCGCCCACUCGCUCACGGAGCCGGAGCCCCACAAACGCCUGUACCGGGUGCGCGCCCAGAUCCCCCACCCUGGCAGCAACAUCCACAACAACAAGGAUGACCUCCUCCUCCUCCAGCUGGAGGAGAAAGCGGAGCUGAACGCGCACGUGCGGGUGCUGCCGUUCCAGCGGGAGGACAGGGACGUGGCGGCCGACAUGGUGUGUGAGGUGGCGGGCUGGGGCACCAUCAGCCACAGCGGCCGCCGGCCGGACAAGCUCUACCAGGUGGAGCGGCCGGUGAUCAGCCGCGACGUCUGCAACCACCGCACCCGCCACGACCACAGCAUCACCGAGAAGAUGAUGUGCACCGACUCCCGCAGGAAGGACACCUGCAAGGGAGACUCCGGCGGCCCCCUGGUCUGCAGCGGGGUGGCCGAGGGGGUGGUCACGGCCGGCUCCCGCGUCUGCGGCAACUACAAGAAACCCACCAUCUACACCCGCAUCGCCCCGUACGCGGCCUGGAUCGACAGCGUCAUGGCCUCUGCGGCUGGGGAGGGAGACGCUCGCUGAGCUCUCCCCAGGGAGCCAGCUCCACGCCACGGCUUGCUGCUGCCGGCACGGCCAGAGCACCCACGCUGCCGCUCGGGGAAAGCCGCACUGCCGAGCGCCGGGGGCUCCCACUGCUGCCCCGACCUGCUCCCGGAGCAUCCCCCCACGUCAGGAGGAGGGCUGGGCUGGGGGAGCAGCAAGAUACCAGUGGAAGGGGGUCCCUGGCCCCCCACCCGCUAAGCACAGGGCUCAGCUCAGGGAGGGCAGGGGGUCACAGCCCCCCAUGCUGGUGCAAGCCACAGGCUUUGCUGAACAUGCCGGUAACGCUGACCGCAGCCCGCUGCAAUAAAGUGAUGACGAUUCCUGCA